AUGCGCCUCAUAAAUGAGGAAAGCUUCCAACAGUUAACAAAGACUGGAAUUUCAAGUCGUUCGUUGAUUCGAGUCAAUGUGGACGAUGCAGCGCACAGAAAUCCGGUGGGACGAAUGACAGAAUACUAUACCCUCAAAAAUGAAAUGGCUGCACGUGCUGCACUCAUGGUUCGAGCAGCCGAUGAACUACUGAAGCUGACACAUGAUCUGAAGGAGUUCUUGAUCCUUCACGAUUUUAAUUUCCUAAGUUCUGCGAUUGAAAGAUAUUUCUCAAUUAAAAAGUUGAUCUCCAAUAAAAUGCCGCAACUUUUCAGUGCUGAAGGUAGAGCUGAUUUGAAGAUGAAAGAUUAUGUGAGCAAGUAUGAUAACUUACGUUUGGAUACGGCUUCAGUGAUAAAUGAUAUCGAUAAAGAGCUCAAUGAACAUUUCUCGUUGAGGCAGUGA